AUGAAGGUCCGCCUNGAUGGAUACUAUCUCACCAAAGGGUAUUUCAAUUUGUUUCANUAUAUAGAAACCAUACCNCUAGAUAACAAAAACAUUGAGUUGUACCGAAAGGCNAAGGAACAGUUGGANGUGAUUCACAAGCAUGGAAUUAUACACGGGGAUAUAAAGGCAGAAAAUAUACUUUGUGCAAAGGACGGAAAAGUGUAUAUUAUUGAUUUUGCAUUUUCCGUCACCAUUAAUGAAUGGAAUACUCAGAAAAGUAUGGAAGAUGAUGUCAGCGGCUUGAGAUAUGUAUUUGGUCUUGAUGAAGUGUGA